CAUUUUACUGUUUCAAAUGUAGUUAUAUUUUUAUAAUCCUUCAUCCGCUUUUUUUAAUUAUUUUUUUAAGGAUUUUUUUUUUAGCGUGAUUGGAUUUGAUUUGACGGAGCUGGCAACCUCGUCGACGUCACAUUGACGUAACGGCGACUCAAAUCAUGGCGGACGAAGUGGAUCAGCAACCGAGCACCAACACCGUAGAAGAACCGCUUGACCUGAUCCGACUCAGUCUGGACGAGAGGAUCUAUGUCAAGAUGAGGAACGACCGCGAGCUGAGAGGACGACUACAUGCAUACGAUCAGCACCUGAACAUGAUCCUGGGAGACGUGGAGGAGACGGUGACCACGGUGGAGAUUGACGAGGAGACUUAUGAAGAACUGUACAAGUCAACCAAGAGGAACAUCCCCAUGCUGUUUGUCAGAGGUGACGGCGUCGUUCUCGUAGCUCCGCCCCUACGGGUGGGUUGAGCACAGGUGGCCUUAAAAAUGUUUUUUGAGUUCUUUUGCUGUUUUUUUUUUUUUUUUUUUUUUUUUUAUCUUCGGGGGGUUGUUCAAUAGUCAAUUUUUGUUAUGAAUACAUGUUUUUGUCUUAAUGCCACCCCCCGAAAAAAGAAAAUAACCUUGACUGAGUUAUUCUCGAGCUGUUUUCAAAUAAACACAUUUCUUGAUUACAAA